AGCGUCAGUAAUCUAAUGUGUAUCGAAUCAAUUCACCUUCCAGAGUUCCAGAGCCCAGAGUGAGGAGGAAAAUAUGGCUGAAAAUUUGACUAAGAGGCCGUCCAAGAGCAUACUAAAAUCGUCUACAAGUUUUGAAAAGCCAGAUGCAGCUCUAAAAAGAAAACAAAAGGAAACUAAAUGGGAUGAAAUGAACAUCAUUGCAACUUUGCACCCACCUGAUAAAGAUUAUGGACAUAUGAAGAUUGAUGAACCGAAGACACCAUAUAGUUACGAAAUGGGAGACGAAGAACCCGAUGGUUUGGAUGCAAAUCUUUUAGCAGAAAAAAUCCAGCUGAGUGGUAAUGAUCCCCCUAAAGCGUUCUCAAAGGACAGUGCAAGUGAGAAUGAUUCGAGUGAUGAAGAAGAAACACCAGAAGAAAGAGCGAAGAGAAAAGUUUUUGAGAGUAAGAGGAAGGCCCAUUACAACGAAUAUUAUGCUGUCAAGUUAGCACGCAAACUUAUGAAUGCUGAAGAAGAUUUUGAACCAAGCAAGGAGGGUGGCUCAAGUGGUAGAACUUCACCAGAGUUAAUAUUCUGUGGUCUUGAGGGUUGCCCUGGCCAUAAGAGUGGGAGGACAGAGAGGUGUGAAACUCCUUCAGCCUACAGUGUGAGAGGAAAGGCUGGUGAGAAAAACAAGGUGAAGGGUAAAGAUAAAUAAAUGUUUUACUGGAGGUAAGUUGGAAAAAUAUGUUGAUGGUAUGGCUCAGAGGAAAUAGCACAGUCAGAGAUUGGCCUGUUGUAGAGAGUAGGUAGGCCAAUGUCUUUGUGGCUUUCCUUCAUAAUUUCCGCAGAACUGUGGAUGAAAGUUUGAAUAUGGAUGAAUUGAGUAUAAAAUUAGAUACCAUACUUUCUGGUGAACCUCCAACUGUUCUUUCACAGUUUGUGAUGGAAUGUAAUAAAAUAUGUCAGGAAGAAUUGAAAUAAAUUGUUUUUACUGCAAAAAUAAAUCCUGUCUUAAAUCGAGCAACUUCAUGAAAUAAAUAUUUACCUUAAGUGACAAUUUCCAUGUCGAUGCACCAGACAGUGACAAGCACAGUGAAUGUUUGGGAGAUAUUUUACUUAAUUUUGCAGAUCCUCUUUACUUCUUGUGGUAAUCUGGCUGGGAUCUAAGACUUUUCAUAAUGUUGUCCUCUUCUUUUUAUAUAGCUACUGCAGUAAAAGUUAUUGCUUUAGAGACUGUAGCAACAUUAAUUCAGAUUUAGCGGCUCCAAAAUAUCUUGUAUGAUUUCCAUUCAUCAUGCCUGUGUGACAACUUGUAUUUGUGCAGAUGGGUUUUCUUAUUGCAAGUGCAUAUUGUUUAAUAUUCCAUGCUGUUGUAUAUGAAAUGAGUCUUCUGUACAGUACUGUCUUCCAUUAGUUAUAUUUAUAUAUUUGUAAUUAGUAUGUUCACAUUUUUAUGUCUAAAAUAUGUUUUAUAGAAUGUAUGUAAUUGUGGAAGGAUGAGAAAUAAUCUAUUUAAUUUAUUUUCACAAUGGUGUACAGUGUAUACUAACAUUUCACUGUGAUGUAUAUUAACAGUAUAAGUCAUGAACACAAAGGUCUUGUCUCUGUUUCAGUUUAAUUGUAGAAUAUUCUGUUUAAAAUUAUGAUUCUUAUUAAUUCCAUGAAAAUAAAAGUUGGAAUUAUUAACCCUUAGGCGACGAACGGCAUUUAAGUAAACCUUGCUGGGUGGACAGAGGAUAUUUAAAUUUUCUUACCAGAAAUGCACACCUUUUAUAAAUUCACUGUAAAAGCAAAGAAAAUUGGAAUUUCAAAGCGAAAAAUUAUCGUCAUAUUCAGAAAAGAAUGUAAUUUUAGAUUUUAUAAACAGCAUGGCGAUAUUUCAAUGUUUUCAUCUGAAGAUCACAAUUAUUUUUUGAAAAACGGCAUAAAAAUUUAGAAAUACAGAAUUUAAAACCAGAAAGAACACUGUGCUCUCCAUAAAACAUAAAUUUUCUAUUAAUACUCUACUUUUAAUUAAUCAUGCAGAAUUACCUUAGAAAUUAAGUUGUGUGUGAUAGGCUUCAAAACAUCCGUCCACACAGAGCCCGACAUCACAUUCCUGACAGUGAAACCUUGAGUCGCUCCUCCGUCCAUGUUUGCUGCAUUCCACACACCUCCUCCAUAGUGUUGAUUUCUUCCCAGAAAGAGCAACCCUUUGAAUAAAAUGUCUUUCAUGUAACCUUGGUAUGACAUUUUGUUCCACCCGGCCACUUUGCACUUUCCGCUCCAUAUUGGUGAACUGUUCAAAAAACACCUGCACCAAACUGUCUCUGAAUGUGAGGUGAUCCAUUUUCAUUCCUGUGUUGUGUCUAUAUAUUAUCAUGGCAUUCACUACUGUUGCAUUCAGAAGUCUUCUGAAAAGUUUCAUGUACCAUUUGUGCAAACGUUUUAUUUCUACUAGAUAAGUUUGCAACAGCUGGUCUUUCACGUCCACCCCCCCCCCCAUGUACUUAUAAUCAAUGACACACAGGGGUUUCUGUUUUUCUUUGCCUCUCUUCGAGUCACUUCUCAUUUCAGUGUUGUGAUAAGUAGAAAUGAUUAAAACAUUCCUUUUUUCAUGCCACUUCAUAACAGUCACUGGCGCAGAGUGCUGGGCAAUAAUCUCUCCCUGUUUCAGUUUGGUAUCUUUGAUUACCUUUGGUACACCCUUUCUGUUUAAUGUUAGAUCCCCAACACAAUCAGUGCCCUUGUGCUUCUGCAGUGUAGGCAGAACUGGGGAGUUGUAGAAAUUGUCCAGCCAAACUGUAUGGCCUUUUUUGAGUGAGGGUUCCAACAGAUCCAGAACAAUGGCCGCUGUUUUAUUGGUCUCCUGUGUUACAAAGGAUGAUUGGAAAGGUGUAUCUUUACCAGUGUACACCAGGAAAGACUACGGAUAUCCAGAAUUGGAAUCAUAUAACUCAUAAGUCUUUAUGCCAAAUUUAGCAGCUUUCAGUGGUAAAUACUGCUUGAAAGACAGGCGACCCUUCCAUAAUGUAAGAGAUUCGUCAACUGAAAUGUUCUGCCUGGGAAGAAAUAAGUUCUGGAAUUUGUAGUUCAGGUGCGAUAGAACAGGAAAUAUUGUCAAGUUUUGGAGGGCCUUCAUAAUUUGCUAUGUUAGUGUUGUCUGCAAAAUGUAAGAAUUUCGUUAUUAGUUCCAACCUGUUCCUUGAUAUCCCAUCGCCAAAGCCUGGGGUUGAAAUAACUCUUGUUUUUGAAAAAUAUGACCGAAGAGUAGGCUUUUGAAUGAUCCCCGUUAGCAGGAUCAAACCAAGGACAACAUAAAUUUCAUUGUCUGUAACUGGAGUCCAUUCCCAUACAGGGGAUCUACAAGGGAACAGUCUCCCUCUAGCAUUCAUAAAUUGUUCUGCAUAUCGAUUUGUUUCCAUAACAAUAUUAUGCACUAGGUCU